AUGGACAGCGCAAGCUAUAACAUGGACGUAGAUGAUCUUUUCGGAGACUCAGAACAUGUCAACAUACAGACUAUCAACACGACGCCGCCAGUGAAAGGGCUCGACGGGCGGAUCGAUGAGCUAGCGUCUAGUGGCUGUUGCCAAAAGAUAUCAUGGUCAAAGAAUGGCUGUGUUGCGUACAUAAGUCCAGACGGUUACUCUGUCAACCUGAAGAUUUUCUCGCGCGACCCUGAAUCUGGCAGAUGGGAUCUCGGGAAAAACGUCCCUCUCGAGCUACCACAAGGUCGCGAUGUCUUCCCUUUGACUCAUUUAUCAUGGAGCCAUCUAGGUAACGAUCUCGCUGUCACUGAUGAAGCAGGCCGGGUGAUGGUUUUCUCAUGCGCCAUGGCCUUGGACCGUAUGCACUUCACGAGAGCCGAAGUAGCUCAACCAGAGUCCGAAGUAGAUGCUGUCGUGGGCAUGCACUGGCUAGCGAUCUUACCCUAUGCACAAAAGAAUCUUAUUGCUUGGUCAGCUGCGCGGGAAGGAGGCAAGUGGAAAUGGAAUAUCAAACAACACAUGUUCAACAACGCCCAUCACCCUGUAGACGGAAAAGCAUCCUUCAUAUAUCUGAAGAGACACGGAGAGCUAAGGCUUCGCUUCCAGCAGAUCGACAACAACUGGCAAGAAGUUUCCGCUCAGCUUGGUCCUAUGAUCUCAACUAAGGAGUCCUUUACACACGCGGCCUUUGCGUCCAAUAAUGACAAUACCCUUCUGCUAGCGGCCUACGAUAUCAAAAGGCGGUUGCACUUGUAUCGCAUUGAGACAGUCUGGAACGUGCCGACAGACAAGCGUAGCCAGAACGCAGGACCCUUCGAGAAGCCAUCGAUUCAGGCCUCGCUGAUCGCUUUGGAAGACGAUUGUAAUCCUGUUGAGCUUGCGAGUGACGACCUGGGCAACGGGACAGCAUCAAGGGGUGCCGCUGCUGCCCAACUUACACAUAUCAACUUUCUUCCAGUCACGCCCGAACAAGACGAUGGCUCAAUACCUACCAUUCAGGCCAUAUACUGCAAGCCACCGAACCCCAUCUCAUACGAUCUAAACCCGCAAGAGACGCGCUACAGUAUCAUCGUCAAAUGGGAGGUGCAUCAAGAGCAACAUAGUCAACUGCAUUCCAGCCUUGAUCAGGUAACGUCAAAGAAGAAGAGUGUAAGCUCGGUAGCUGCACAAAACACGUUCCUUCUGAAGAGACAGCCUGACUUCUCACUGCAUGCAGUCGUCUUAGGGUUCUACCCAAUAUGGUACAACAUGCUCCUGGCUUUCGCUUACAGUGAUGGGGCUAUCGAGUUCAGGAAGCGAUCUACUAUGGAGAUAGUCAUGCCAGAUGAUAACACCGAUACUGUAACCUCGCUAUUACAGGCUGGUUUCGUCUUCCAACACGCGGAGCCUUCGUUACAUGUUGCCUUGUCACCCAAUCACUGCAUGGCAGUAUCCAUGCAGUUGGACGGAAAUCCAAAGUUGUGCUCCAUGGAAUAUUCUCACGGCACACUCUCAUCAGACGAUGACGACCCACGCCACUCCGCUGCACUCGCAGCACUCAUUCUACAGUCCUCAUCAGCAGCAAAUCAAUACUACUCUAGCGACGAUAUUUUCGCUAUCAUCAGCUCCCUUAGCGAGAAACGCAAACACGACUUUGUCAAUCUACUCUUCGAAGGACUCCAAGUUAACAUAGACUGUGGUGUCGACGACACGUCCAGCAACCACUUCCUCCUCCUCGGUCGCGGACCCUUCUUUGUAAAGACGCUUUCGGCCAUGCACCUUCUCGGUCUUCAAGGUACCGUCGACCGUUCUCUGAGCAGCAAAAUGGCCUGGCAGAUUAUCAACAUCAGAUUCGUUACGCAAACCCUGACAACCAUUUUCCGCCUACACGGCGAUGUGUCGAAGAACAGCCUAAAGCCCGAAGGUGUACCACAAAUGAUUGGAACAUGCAGAUGGACCAUGCACUUCAUGGCCUACAUCUUUGACGAGCUCUUCACCCUCGGGCGCGCCCUAUCCGACAUCCCCACGGCAGACCUCACACGCCCCGUCCUCGAAGCCAAGAUCCACGAGCUCAACAAACCAGCCCUUCUCCUCCUCCUCUCCGCCUUCCCCCGCGCCAUGAUGAAACUCUGGACCCAACCAAUCCAAUGGGUAAAGCGCAGCGCAGAAGCCUACGUCGUGCCCCCCAACGCCAACAACCCCGCUGCGCCACCCCAGACCCCAGAGGCCAAGAAGCUUUACGCUCCCCUCCACCAAGCCGUAACCGAACUCCCCUUUGAAUACCGCUGGUUCGAAGUCCUAAUCAGCGAAACGCAAAACCACGUCCGCGGCAUCUACAAACAACGUAACCUAACCGACAUGCAACGCAACAGCAUCGAGCGCGAACUGCUGCUAGGGAAAAUCCCUGAUAUUCUUUUCCCCGCAGCGAAACGCCUCGUCACGGAUACACUGUGGAAUAGCAAUCAGCAAAACGGUUGUCUGGCCGAUAAACUCGAUAUGGGUAAACUCAUGUUCUUUGAUACCACGUGGCUGGGGUUCCAGGAUUCGAAGCGCGCCAGACUUUGGCAUGAGCAGCAUGUAGUGGAUGUGUGUCAGAAGAUGAUUAUUAGGGGGACGGGGACUUGGGUUCAUCCUGUGGGUUCGGCGACGGGUGGGCAGAAUCGCGGGAGGAGCGAUAGUAUACAGAGUGCCGGUGGGGCGAAUGGAGAUGCUGUCGGUGAAGACAGGAAGAGGAGGAAUUUGCUCAAGCAGUGUACGAGGUGUGGCGCGUGUAUGGAGGAUGUUGUACCUGGAUUGCCGGGCUAUACUGCGGCGCAUUAUCAGUACUUGCUUGGUGUGAGCAAGCAUUGUAUUUGUGGGAAUAGCUGGAUGCUUGUUGAGACCAAGGGAAAGGCGAAGUAA